UAGAUCGAGCCCAAGGGUGACUACAUGAAAUUAUGUCUUGUCUGAGCCAGCCCGAGCCCGUCCGUGAACCAAAUAAAACCCUAAGACUCUUACCGGAGAGAGAGAGUAGCAGAAGCGAGGGAUCAGCGGCGCCGCCCCCUCAAACACUUGGCGAGCCUCGGUUGCUGGUGGUGAAGAACAGAAAAGAGGCAUGGCGGCGGCGGCGUAUGCCCCCCCGCCGAUGAAGGCGGCGGGGAAGCUGGGGCUGGAGGGGCCCCAGGAGCAACUCCACCGCAUCCGGAUCACCCUCUCCUCCAAGAACGUCAAGAACCUCGAGAAGGUGUGUGCGGAUCUGGUGAGGGGAGCCAAGGACAAGAGGCUGAGGGUCAAGGGACCCGUCAGGAUGCCCAUCAAGGUCCUCCACAUCACCACUCGCAAGUCCCCCUGCGGCGAAGGAACCAACACGUGGGAUCGUUUUGAGCUUCGUGUUCACAAGAGGGUGAUUGAUCUUAUUAGCUCACCUGAAGUGGUGAAGCAGAUUACUUCAAUCACGAUUGAACCUGGCGUGGAGGUUGAAGUGACGAUUGCAGAUCCAUGAUUUAGCCCAAGCUAGAUGCAACUAUGUAGAGAAUUAGAGUGUUUUGUCAUUGUCCGGAAUUGACUGUAUUUGCAUUAUAUUUUUCUUGGGGAAAUUUUAAUCCUUGUUUUUUCUUAUUUUGAGAAUUUUGCCAAAACAUCAGUUUGUUCCAUGGAAGAAUUGACUGUAUUUGCAGUAUUUGCGAUUGCAUCUUCAUCCUAUGCCUUUUAA